UUCUGUUAUCUGGUAGUAGAGUCUCGUUGUUGUAAUUUCACUGUCGCUAGCCUUUAGCGCUAGCUAGCCAUUUGAUUUUCUCCUCCAACAUACUUUGAUCCAGCAGGAUGGUAUUAUGGAGUGUGGCCAAGUUCUGCCAGAUAGCCUGGUGUUGGAGAUCUUCCUGCGUCUGCCCCAUGAUGCUGUGCUGAGAGCUGGUCUGACGUGCAGACAGUGGCUGGCGGUCUCCAGAGAUGAGUUCCUGUGGAGGGAGCUGUUCUACAGCUACUACCGCAUCCCCCGCUCUGUACCCCGACACCCAGCGGCUGUGUCGUGGUACAGGGAGUUCAAGCGUCUGUUUGACUGUAUCCCCUGUGUGGAGGUUCAGACACUGAAAGAGCACAGCGAUCAAGUCCUCCACCUGGCUUUCUCUCACAGUGGUCACCGGUUCUCCUCCUGCUCCAAAGACUGCACUGUUAAGCUGUGGGACGCGGAGCGGCCGGAUGGUAAUAUCUCAUUGGUGCACAGCUCCAGCAUGCAGCAGUUCAACUGGGGCUACACCCAGUUCUCCCAGUUCAAUGCUGAUGACAGCCUGCUGCUUGUGUCUGGUGUUUUCCUGGACCCACACCACUCCUCUUUUGGGGAAAUUGCAGUCAUCAGUCUGGCUAAUUACACACACUUGUCACGGGUGACGAACAAACCAUACGAUGUGUUUGGCUGCUGGCUGAAUGAGACCCACCUGAUCUCUGGGAACCUGCGCUGGACGGACAACGUGACCUGUUCUGUGCUCAGGCUCCAUAACAUCAUCCAGGAUAUUGAAUCAAAGAACGUCAACGUGGUCAAGCACCUUUUCCAGAUACAGAACAUCAAUGCCAGCACCAUCCGCACAGUGAUGGUGGCCCACUGCCGUCGUCAUGACAACCCGGACUUGUUGCUGGACUACGAGGCCCAAUCUCAGGCUCAAAGGCAGAAGGGGCUGCAGCAGCAGCACCAGCCACUCCUCUUUGACCUGGGAACCUCUGGCAGUGAGGAAGAAGACGAGGAAGAAGACGAGGAAGAAGACGAGGAAGAAGACGAAGAAGAAGAGGAGGAGGAAGAGGAGGAGUGUCAGAGGGAAGCGAGGUGUCCCGGCCUCUCCACUGCCUGCCUCCCCCAGCCCACCAUCUCGACCCUGGAGCACGUCAUACAGAGUCGUAAAAAUGUAGGGUCCACGGAGCUGGAGGUUGAGACCCCGGUGGCCCAAACGAUGGGCAGAGCCCACACGAAAGCACCUGACACCAACCUCAUUGAGCCGUCUGAGCCUGGGGAAGGAGAAGACAAAACUUACUUACUCUUCACCACCGGCAGCCUUACAUACUCGCCUCACCAGAUAGGUAUUAAGCGGAUCAAGCCUGACCAGAUGACGACUGGUGGUCCUGUCCCUGGCGAAGAGCAAAGUCAAAAUGAGAUUUUGGAUUCCCUGGACCACGUCAUUGAUAUCCAUGGACACAUUAUUGGCAUGGGCCUUUCUCCAGACCACAGGUACCUUUAUGUGAACAGCCGGGCCUGGCCAGCCGGAUGUGUGAUCUCUGACCCCAUGUCUCCGCCUCCCAUUGCAGAGGAGAUAGACCUGCAUGUCAUCGACCUUAAGAGUUUGAGAGAGGAGAGAAGGAGUCUGCGUGCUCACCGAGCCUUCACUCCUAACGACGAGUGCUUCUUUAUCUUCCUCGACGUCAGCAGAGACUUUGUCGCCAGUGGAGCUGAAGACAAGCACGGCUACAUCUGGGACCGCCACUACAACAUCUGUCUGGCACGUCUGGCUCACGAUGACGUGGUGAACUCGGUGGCGUUCAGCCCCGCCAACCAGGAGCUGCUGCUGUCCGCCAGCGAUGACUCUACCAUUAAGGUGUGGCGUUCACCGCGCACGGUCAGCCUAGCGCAGGCCCCAGCCCGGCCACCUAGGCCCCGCAACCUCCUGUCGUCCUGGCUGAGCCGCAACAAGAACUACGCGUCUGCCAGCAGCGUCAAUGGAAAACCAUGAGUCAGGUUGGAAAACACUUAGAGUGGGAGGGAGCGGAGAGAGGAAAGUUUGAUCUUUUUCCUCUGUGGUGUGAAUAUAUAUAUAUAUAUAUAUAUAUAUAUAUAUAUACGCUCCAUGUAUAUGUACAGCGUGGUUGCAGUCAGUGGUUUCUCCUUGAGCUCAUGGUGUUGUGACCUACAGCCUUGCCCGGUGUCUUCAACUGACAGGGGACGAGAUGUGAUGCGAUUCAGGGUUAGACACAAGGGAGCGCCGUUGUGCCAACAAAGGACAGACUCUGUUGCUGUUGAUGAAAUCUUAACCGUAAGAGAUACGCUGGAUCUCUCAACUGCAUGCAGAGGACAGACAUUCAAACCUGGUCCCAAGAGAUGGUUUUUGUCUGUUUUUAUCCGUAGUGUUGUGUCUGAACGGGUCAGACACAGGACUCCUGGACCAGGGGUGUAAAUGUAAUGUAGAGAUGGCACCUUAUGAUCCCGGUUGUCAUGUCCUGCUCAUCAGAGAUAAGGAUUCUUCAUCCAUUUCAGAAUUUUUUUUUUCCUUAUUAAAGGAUAUAUCCAAUUCACGUCUUGAGUAUAAACACCCAAUAAACCCAUUUUUCAGAGAAUUAUGAAACCAUUUAUAACCAAAACGGAAAAAGACAUUGUGCAGCAUUUACUCUGUGCCUCCUUUAUCCCCAAAAAUCUCAGUAUGAAGUAUGUGGAACAUGGAUAAAUGGGUAACAUGGAGCCUUUCUGAAUAUAACUACAACUAUAUACAGGUAUCUUUGGUCAUUUUUAAUUUACCACAUCAUCACCCCGACCAUCCUCCAAAGUUUGUCCCGAAAUUUAUUAUAUUCUGUUAAAUAGUGUGCACAUUAGAACAAGCAAUGUUACAUUACUUAUUUAUAUAUGUUAUAUCCCCUUCAGGUUACAUACUGGGGGAGAUAAUCAUUAUAUUAACAUGGCACAAAUUUAAUUGUUUAAUUCACUAACAUUUUAAAAAUAUUGAUUUUAUUAUAGUUGUAAUUGUUAAAAGAACAGAUUGUACAUCAGUGUCUUAGAAGUAUUUCAAGUCACAGAAACGUCGCCCAAUACUUAAAUUUAGACAUAAUACAUUUGUGUAGUGCACCUUAAAGGUACCAUAGGAUAUUUUGUCUAACAUUGCUGAAAUUGGAUUCAUUUUUAAAAGAACAACCAACGAUGCUCAAUAACGUAAAAUGCUCAUGCAGACCAAUAUCAUCAAUGACAGUGACAUACAUAAAAAAAAAAAGUGGAGUAAACCUGCUACCACAUCUGUUCAAGCUAAAAGUCUUGAAAUGUUUGUGCGUGCGGGGGUUAUCCCUUGACCUCCCAUCAUACUGGUAGUCCUCUUCAAGGGCCUUUUACUUUGAUUGCUCAAAGACCGCUCUGAGAAAAGCAAAACAAAGAAGAAGCGAACCUUUAGACUCUGUUUUUCAGUGACAGUUAAACCAGCACAAGGUUAAGGUACUUUACCUUUGAGAUAUUAAGGUUUCCAUGGAGAUUCCCUACUGUAGGAGGUUUUCCUGUAACUGAUUAAAAGUACUAUUUGCAUGUCAAGUUGUCAAAGAAGUCUCGGUGAAUUCAACACUUCAUCAGCUGACUCUUGCCACCGAUUGAGUAGUAUUUUUUUUGUUUUGAAAUGUGUGUAAUAAGUCAUGAACGCUCUCCCUGGUGCCCUCUGACAACUUUAAAUGUUGUUUUCACUGUAGCUCCAUCUUUUUGAUCACGUUAACUGCCUACUCCCCUUAAAUAAAAAGCAUGCCCUGUAAGGCCACAGGUCUCAGUAAGUGUCAGAUUAAUAUUCUUUUCGUCCAAAAAACUUUGGUUCUCGUACAAUUUUUGAUGAAAGGUUUUGGACGGAGAGCGUGUUACUUGCAAGAACUUUCGCAGUACUUUUUCCGGAAUUGCCACCUGUCGUCAGUCUAUUUACAAAAGGAUUUCUUAACAAGUGUCUUUUGAUCUUGAGCUCAAAUUAGAAAGCAACAAAAGGCACCUUUGAGUCCAGACAUAGACCUAACAAAGCCACUCAACAAUGUGGGCCUUUCACACUGACACAAUGAUGCCAGAAACCUGUUUGGCGUACAAAAAGGUCACCACAGGUUACCUUAGGAGCUACAGGGUUACUAUAGCCUUCCUACAGUAAACACAGUCCAUAUAAUAUUGUUACUGUAGAUAUUGGUGGUGAUUAAUAGCAAUGUCAGACUUAUUCCUCUUUUCUCCAUGUCAAUGAAGCAUGGAACAAUCUAGUUCAAAUUUGAUAAGUCCAAGUGUAGUGGUUUUUGAUUUGGUCUGGAUGGGAAAAAAGCUGUUAAGUCACUAUUAUUCAGUUUUCAAAAAUAAAGGUUUCAUAAAUCUGAAAUUGUGUUUUAUAGAGUCUUUAGCUUGUUUGGAACAAUCUAGUCCAGAUUUGACCAGUCAAAGUGUGUGAGGUUUUGACUGGUUACUCACUAUUUGUAAGUUUCCUUUUAACUGCUGAAUUGGAAGCUAUGAAUAGGAAGCUAGUGAGUAGGCGGCGAUUAAGAUACCUUUAGAUCCCAACUGUGGAAAUUUGCAACAAAAUCGCACUCCUUCUCUUGAGUCAAAACUCUACCUUUUGAAAAAGUCAAUCUGAACAAACAGACUUUCAAAAUCUGUGUGACUUAUAAUUUCAUUAUCAUUAUCGACAUCAUCACAACUAAACAACCAUAAAUCCACUAAGGAAUCACAAAAAAAAAAGAUGCUUCUUAUAACUGCAGAAGUUGCGAGGGAAACAUCAUGUUUUUAAGUUUUCUUCUGCAUCAAAGUAAUGUAGAGAGAGUUGUCUGUAAGUCCGUGGGUAAACUGCAAACAGUAACUGCUAAUACCUCAUCCUGCCUACUUUUGAUAGUAUCACGUUUGCCAAAAUGUGAACAAACAUAGGCUAGGAAAACAGCAAAAUUGCACUUAUCUUGAUUUUUGUCUGGGGGGGGACCCACAGUGUCAGACUUUUAAAAGCCCCUGUUCUAAAGCCAUCAUUAUCACUAUCAUCAAUUAGCAGAUUAUUUUGUUGAUUAACUGUUUGGUCUAUAAAAUAUAAGAAAAUAGGGAAAAAUGCGCAUCACCGUUUCCAAAAUGACUCAAAUGUUUAAUCAGUUAUCAAAACAGUUGUUGAUUAUUUUACUGUCUGUCGACUAUUUGAGUAAUCAACUAAUCAAUGUAGCUCUAAACCAAAGUAUUUGACCAACAGAAAUUUUGACCUAUAGAAUAAAAAGUAAAGGAUCAUCAAAAUGACAUAAGUGUCAUUUAAUGGCACUCCAUCUGAUAGUUGUUGAGAUAUUUCGCUAAAAGUCACUCGUGCCACCCCUGUGGUGGUGUUGGUGUUGUUUUGUGUGUUGGUUAUUUGUCACAGUGACAAUGUUCACAUGCUAAUGUUAAGCAAGUAUAAUGUUUACCAUGUUCACGAUCUUAGUGUAACAUGUUAACGUUUGCUAUUUAGCUCUAAACACAAAGUACAGCCGGGGCUGAUGAGAAUGUUUUGCAGGUAAUUGCAUGAAUUAAACCUUAUUACACCAUAUUUUAAGCUGAUAUGCCCCCCGAUGAAGAGUUAAAAGCACCAAAGUUAUUACCAUCCAUCCCUGGGGGAACAUGAAUGUGUGCCGAAUUUCACGGAAAAUCGUCAAUUUGUUGUUGCAAUAUUUCAACUACUAUAUGCCAACCUCAUGGUGGCACUAAGGGAAGUCAGGGAAUCACCAGUCUUUAGGAUUCAUCAUCUGGGGACUAUGAAUGUCUAUAUAAAAUUUCAAGGCAAUCCAUCCAACAGUUGUUGAAAUAUUCCAAUCUAGACCAAAGUGCAAAGACCCGCAAAACCAAUGACAUUCCCAUCUUCUUCAGUUUUGUGCUAAUGAGCAAAUGUUAGAAUGCCAACACAUUAAACUAGGAUGAUGAACAUGGUAAACAUUAUGCAUGCUAAAACAUCAGCAUGUUAGCAUGCCGAUGUUAGCAUUUAGCACAAAGCACAACCUCACAGAGCUGCUAGUGUUAGCCUUGUGAUACUGGCGAUCUGACCCUUGAGUGACAUAUGAACAUGGAAAACCCAUUAAGGCGUAACAUGAGCGUCAGUGGCCGUGCUUGGUAUUGUGAUAAGGAUGAAGACUCUGCAUUGACCAUUAGUAUGUGUUUGGUUGAUGGUUAACCUUAACCCUGAACUCAAUAUCUUGCCGUGUCCAUGAGGUCUGUUUUUGAAAGAAGUUUUAAUCUAACUUGCAACUAAGAAUGAAACUCACUGACUACUCUAGAAGGGAAACCUUUUAAGUACCUCUUCAGCCAUUUAUCUGCACAUGCAAAGCUGUGAACAAAGCUUGGGGGUCACAUUUUCUCCGCAAGUAAGGCUGAUAAACUUUAAAUUAAACUAAAUUUUGUGGUGGAAAAAACCCCCCAAAUGAUUCAUUGGUACAGCUUUGAGUGAUUCUUACUUCAUAGAGUUCUUCUAUCUUGUUAUGAUAUGCACCUGACACUUCUUAGAUGGUUAAUCCAGCAGUUUAGUAUUGCACUUCCAUAAAGGUGGAAGAAAACAAUUUACCAAAGAAUGGUCAAAAUUGAAGUACCGAAGACAGAAAUCUGUAUCGUAGUGCCGAAUAUGAGUCAAAAUCCAAAAACACUGCAUCCUACAUUUCCCAUAAUGCAACCAAAAACAUCUUUACAUUAGAUCCGCCCCUCAGUCUGGUACUGUAAAUGCCCUUGUCUUUUAAACUCCAAGCACCAAUAUUAUAGGGCAGACCUUUAAAGGUUGUGAUCUCCGAAGACACUGUAUUUUCUCAAACUUGACAAAACUCCCUUUAGCGCUACAGACAUUACACAACUGUAAUAUGUGGCUUCACAGGUUGAGUAGUUCCUCACAUAACUAAACUAACCUUUGUUAGUAAAGUUAGUGGAGUUCCCCUCCAUGUUUUUUUAAAUACAGUGCUGUAGGCAAAUGACUUCAGCCAGCACAUUCUGUAACAACAUGAAACAAAACAAAAAGGAAAAGUACAUCUUGUCCACAUUCAUGUCAACAGCAUAACAGCAACAAACAAAAUAUACCAGUAACGGGGUUAACAAACAGCUUAACAGUUUUUGUUUUUACUGACGCAGUAGGUUGCCGUGUGGUUAUUGCCUUCAGCAGGGUUGCUAGGUUGCUGCAGGCGUUGACUAAAUUGAGUUGUGCUUCAUCAGAACAAAGAAACCACCUGAAAAUAUCUGUGGUCAUAGAAAUGGAUCACUUACAGUGGAAGUUUCAUGAGUAAGGUUAACUGAAAUAAAAGGGGACUCCAGUUCUCGGUCCUAAACCCCUUUAUGACACUCAUCCUCACUUGAUGUCAUACAAUGUAGAAAUGAGAAGUUGUUUUAUGUAGACAGUAAAGCUCAUAUGUACUGUAACAUUAAUCUAAGUUGUGUUAGUGCAGUUUAAUUGAUUGUUUGGUCUGUAAAGUGUCAGUAAAUAUUAAAAGUACUUUCCAA